AUGUCCCCACCAAGCUACCUACAUCGUCACCUCCUCCUGUCCGCACUCCUCGACCGCCAAGAUCCCCCACCACCAGAUUGCUUUUCUGUGCCUGGACAGAGCAACGAGGCGGGAUGCAAAUUGGACGCUCUUUUGUUGAGGGGCUGGUCGGUGAGCGCACGACGGACCAAACCUCAGGACAAUGACAUAUUGCACAACGUGGACAGUUUGCGGCUGAAGAAGAACGACUUUGAGGUUUUAGGCCGCAUUGGAGAAGGACAGUUCGGAGUGGUCGACGCUGUGCGCUGCAAGCUCAACGGACAAGUAUAUGCACUCAAAUCGAUUGAGAAGCACAUGGCUGCCCGUGCCGGCGUGAACCUCGGCCUUCCUUUCGAGCGUCAUGUCCAUAUGCUCGCAGCAGAGAAGCCUUCUCCCGCCCCCGCCCUCUUCACAUCUUUCCAGUCGCCAAACGCACUCCACCUCGUCACCCAGUAUGCUCCAUGCGGCUCCAUCUGGGAUCGUCUCUGCGAGCUGCUGCCGGCACCUGGGUUAGACACAGGCCGAAUGGAAGAGACUGAGAUACGAUGGUGGGCAAGACAGAUGGUCGACGCCAUCUCGUGGAUCCAUGGCAUGGGAUAUGCGCACCGCGACAUCAAGCCUCACAACUUCCUUCUUCUCCCUGACGGGCGGCUGUGGCUUACCGACUUCGGCUCGGCCGCGCCGCUGAGCCAGGGGAAGGUGGCCCGCCGCCAUUGCAUGUUACCCGUCGGUACACCCGACUACAUCGCCCCCGAGGUCCUGCGCAUCGCGGAGAACGCAAUGGUGGAGGCCGCCCAGUCGGUGCACUCGGACUCGGAGGAGGAAGGAGAUCGCACUGUCCGCCAGUCGGACCUCACUGCUCCAGGCUACGGGCCCGAUGUCGAUUGGUGGUCGCUCGGCGCAACUCUUUACGAGAUGGCGGUUGGACGAGCCCCAUUCUGGGCGCCAACAAUCGGGCCAACCUACGACCGGAUCAUGCGUUGCGACCUGCGUCUGCCUGAGGAUCUCCCUCCGCAGUUCAAGAGUCUGUUGUCAGGGCUCCUGUGUCUGAACGACGUCCGCCUCGGGACAACCGACGUUGGUGAGAUCAAGCGCCAUUCGUUCUUCAACGGAGUCGACUGGACAAGGAAGCCAGGCCCUCCUCCAAAGAGUGUAACGCUGGCGCCAAUCGACCUCGGCACCCUAGCCGAGUCUUUCGUGCACGAGUACGACGAGAUCACGGAGCGGACCUUUGACCAUUUCUUCAACUCGUCACCAGGGCUGACUACCAUGUCCAAUUCAAUGUCCAUGUCGAUGGUCGUGCCCGAGUCGACGUGGUCUCGGUGGGUUGGCUGGUCGUGGGCGCCUCACGCCGAGUACUUCGGGCCAGAGAAGCCGUUCAUCACCAUUUCGCCUGCCUCUAGAGUGUCUGGACCCAGACAGUCGUCCGCUCCACCAGCGACGCACAUGUUCACCCCUAUCCGCAGCGGCUUGUACGAUACACCGCCCACUGCCCCUCGCAGCGCUCCCCGUUCGUUACCUCGCACACGCGACGUUGCGGAGAGACAAGCGUUUGCUCAGCUGCUGCGAUGCGUCGAGGCCAGCGCGAAGAAGAAGCUCGCAUCGACUCGGCAUAUCCCCGGCUCAGCUUCCACCGUCUCCUCCAUCACCUCCCCAACCCUGUGGCGCAAGCAGCAGCCGCCCACUCCGACUCCAAUGAGUCGCGAGACCACCACCCUAAACGCGACCUUCACCUCCAAAGCAGGAGUACCAGUUCCCCGCCAGCUCUCGCGCACAUCGUCGCGCACAGACCUGCCCUCACGCCCAUCGUCUCGCGCGUCAGGACACAGUAGACAGGGAAGCGGAGCAACCCGGACCAGCUUGGACGGCAGCCUUCCAUCAUCACGGAGCGGUUCGUGGAGGCUCCGCGACUCAGCCUUCCUCGCCAAGCUUACCGCCGCUGCUGAGGCUGACAAGCCCCUGUUUUCCCUAUCUAUCCGCGAGAAUAUCAGCCGACCGGGUGAGCGCCACCGGUCGUCCUCGCUUUCGCAGCUGGGUGAAAAUGCGGGGCAUCAAAAGCCGCCUUCGCUCGCAACAGAGCCAGGGACUGGAGCUCCACGCGAACCAUUAUUGUCUAUCCAGGAGAACCGGAAGCCAGCACUGAAGACCCCGCAACCUCCUCCUCGCCCAGUCCAACAGCCCAAAUACAAGUACGGCGUGCUAGGUGCGGACCCCAACAAGCUGCCUAGAGCCGCCACUGCAGUUGACGUCUACAUUCCCCCGUGCGAUCCGGGGCGGGUUGGAGACGGGUCCCGACUCGCUGCUCUUGAGGCUUGGCACAAGUCUCUGGUGAAUGGAGUAGACAACCUUGAGCGCCGCCUCGCCGAAAUGACCGCGCGGUACGAGAAGUAA